AUGUCAGCAACUCCAUGCUGGCGCGAGCUGGUCACAAGUAGUGGGGAGAAAGGACUGCUGGCAGCUGUCGGGCAGGAAUGCGAUUCCAUGGAUACUUCUGAGUGCCUGGAUGAGUCAUGGGGGUUUUAUACCCAACUUGGAGAUAGCCAAGACAGACUAGUGCUAGUGACAAGGUGUCCGGCCGGAGGGACAGCUUUUCCACUCCAGCAGGAGAGCGCUCGUGUGUCUCCGCAGAACACGACAGUUGCACGAGACGCUUUCGUCAGUCCAGCCUAUCAAAAUUUGAGGCAGAAAGUAGACAACUUUGUAUCGACCCACCUGGACAAACAGGAAUGGAAUCCAGCAAUGAAUAAAAACCAGUUACGAAAUGGGCUAAGGCAGAGUGUGAUUCAGUCAGGAAUGCUGGAAGCUGGAGUGGACAGAAUUAUUUCUCAGGUGGUGGAUCCAAAACUAAACCACAUCUUCAGGCCCCAGAUAGAGAGGGCGAUUCAUGAAUUUUUGGCUGCACAAAAGAAAGAGGAAAGUGUGCCAGCUCCUCCUCCAGAGCCUGAGAAUAAGGAUCCUCCUGCUCCAUCUCAGGAUGCCUCCUAAAGUGAGUUCCUGAUACUAAGCAGCUGCAGUUGCAAAAUAUGUGUCCUGUUAGAUUGGCAAUGGAUUACUUGUUCCAUUUGGUGCAGGACUGCUGUCUGCCAAAGAUGAUUAACCUUUAUCAGACCUGUGGGAAGGCAUUGAAAUCAGUGAAAUUCAGAUGCACCCAGAGUCCUGCGUGUGGAGGGAGAGCCAAAAUGUGAAGAUAUUUUUGCUAUUAACAGCAAUACAGAGAGCAUCGCGUAUUCUUGUUAGCCAUGGCUUCAGGCAAGGGGGUGGGAAGAAAAAGGGAGUUGGCUCUUGUCCGGAGGGGGCAGGGAAGUGGUUUGAGAUGAUACUGGACUUGGGAGCAGGAAGAAAAGAAAGACGUUUUGGCAGGUGGGGUAGUCUCUUGGAGACCAAGUAAGAGCUGACAGAUUUUCUUUGAUAUACGCCAGAUGAGAGGAAGCAUCAUACACCUCUGCUGCAUAACACAGCAUUGAGUAGUAGGUGCCAAGUCAGGUGUAACUCAUUGCACUGCCUGCUUUAGGAAAGACAUUUCCUGUUUAAAACUGGAAAGAACACUUCAGGAUCAAUUAUCUAGAUAAUUUCUGUUGCAUUGCAGGAAAAUGUUUACAGUUGGCUAUGACUAUAGCUGAUUUAAUUCUUACUUCCUAGGUAACUCUGGGAAGCAAAGGGCACCAGAGUAGGUGAUCAGUUUGAAACUUGUCUCUUUCAACUUGAAAGACUUUUCUUUCCCAUGAAAUUUCUCAGGUGCCUAGUGGAAACUGUCCUAUGCUUUCAGCUUGAAUGCAUGCAGUGUCCUCUGGAUGACAGUCAAGUAGAGAAUGUGAUCAAAUAUUCUGCCAGCAAAUGUCCAUACCUUUUGCAAUAAAAGACUUCAAAGAGC